GUUUGAAAUGACGUCAUGCAAAGAGCGUCCACACAGUGUUGGCGGCAUAAAGAACUCUUUACGGGAACAAAAGAAAGAACUCAGCGCACGAAGCUUCUGAAGAUGCAGACUGCUAAGAUGGCUGCUGCUGAAGUGGACUCGUACUGUUCUGAUGCAGACAGCGACGUGCCAUUUGUUCUCUAUCGCGACAGGCCAGACUGGAAGGACGUGGAAGCGGUGCCGCAAAACGACGGGCCGAAUCCGGUGGUCCAAAUAUCCUAUUCUGACAAGUUCCGAGAUGUCUAUGAUUAUUUUCGUGCCGUCAUCAGGAGCGAUGAGCGCAGUGAGCGGGCUCUGCAACUGACGAAAGAUGCCGCUGAUCUGAACCCUGCCAAUUAUUCCGUCUGGCACUACCGCCGUGUGCUCCUUCAGUCUCUCAAGAAGGACCUCUGGGAGGAGAUGGGAUUCAUCAAGCAGGUCAUUGAGGAACAUCCAAAGAACUACCAAGUCUGGCACCACAGGCGGGUCCUUGUGGAGUGGCUCAACGACCCCUCGGAGGAGCUGGCCUUCACCGCCUCCAUCCUGCGCGCCGACGCCAAGAACUACCACGCCUGGUCCCACCGCCAGUGGGUGCUGGGCGCCUACGAGCUGUGGGGGGAGGAGCUGUUGUUCGUGGACCGGCUCUUGGAGGACGACCUGAGGAACAACUCGGCCUGGAACCAGCGGUACUUUGUCAUCAGCAACACGGGUGGCUUCAUGGGCGAGGUCUUGGCCAGAGAAGUUAAGUACACGCAAGACAUGAUCAACAAGGCUCCCAACAACGAAAGCGCAUGGAAUUACCUCCGAGGGGUGCUCGCGGAUACCAGCAUGAACGACUUCCCCGGGUUGUCCGACUAUUGCCAGGGAAUGUUUGACGGCAACAUCCGGUCGCCGUACCUGCUGGGCUUCAUCAUCGAAAUGCAGGAGGAGUUACUGGAAGAAGGAAAAGGAGACGAACAAGUCCUGCACAAGGCCACCGAGUUGUGUGAGAUGUUGGCUGAGCAGUUUGACCCAAUCAGGCGCGAGUACUGGAACUACGUCUCGAGAUCGCUGCAACUGCGAUUUGGCAAAAGUCGUCCAGGGGAACCCGAGACCCAUUGAUCUCCUCAAUUCCCAUCCCCCCCGACACGAGGAGCGAUGUUUUUUCUUAGCCAGGGACUCGACAACUCACAGUGGACUUUCAUGUACAGAGCUACGGGACAAAUCUGGACUGCCCUCGGACCACGGCGGUGCUUUCCUGAAAUGUUCAAAUUGUCCUUCAUGUCCCAGUGUGGAAAGUGUACGUGCCUCUAUCAUGUAGUUGUCCUUGCUCAUGCUCAAAAAGUGUCAUGUAAAAAGUAAGUGCAUUGUAUUUUCAAAUUGUACACCUGCUUCAGAUGAAGCGACGUGAACAUGUACGUUGUUGCUUCUACACUUGCAUAUACACCUGUAUUGUAAAACGAGGAUGUUGUUAAGUGUUUCGGGCAUUUCCUUUUCUGUUGCCGAAAUUUGUGUGUGCUUCCCUGCCAAGCGUAUUGUUCGGGAGAGAGAAAUGACUUUUUCAGGGAUUGACAACUGUGCACAUGCCCAAGCACGGACCACAAGUUCAUCUGAUUUGGAUUUGUGACAUGCCCUGAGAAAGAAGCCGAGAGAGCCUCGGUACACGCAGGCCGGUCUGCAUUUAGACUAGUCCAGUGUUGGCAAAGUCCGAUGGGCUUGGUAAAAGUUUUUAGAGCUUCAGUUAGCCAUGUAUCUGCAUGCAAAUUAAAGUUGCUUUCCCGGCAAUAUCCAAGAACCAGAUAUAUCACUCAUUGCCUAUAUUUUCUCCCUCUGUCGUACAUUGAUCAGAGCAUUGCUUUGGGACUUUUCAUCUGCAGUGCUCAACACAUCUAUGUGUCUUGGUUUGUCCUUUUUUUUUUCCCCCAAGAAAUUUCGAGGAUAUUUGUGGUAAUCUGUGGACGAUGUGACCUCUUGAGCCAAAAUGUUGGUUGUCACAAAAUUACACGGACAAAAUAUGAAUACACGUAAAUGUAUUAUCAAAUUUAUAUUCACUACUCCAAAAGUUUGAAUCUAAAUACCUUCGCGAAACUUUGACACAAAAAGACAUUUUUGGAACGAGUUUGUUAACAUAUGAACACUUUAUUGCCAUGCUGAUCAGACUAUUUGUACAUGAUACUUAAUUUAGGCUUGCACUGACCCAUCAGAAUACGAAAUGAAGUAUGGAAAUGCAAGGCAUCUGUUAAGAAAAUCCACAGGUAUCUGAUUGGUUGGUAAAUCCAAACUAUAAUACGCCAUUGGCCAGUUUCUCUAUCUUAGUGAAAUACUUGGGCCUAGUCACCUCAUAAAGACAGUGGUUGUCAUUACAGUGGUUUCAUUACAACAAGUGACAACUCUGUCAUUUCAUGUCUAGGUUCAAACUGCUAGAAAAUAGGAAAGACAUGUUUGGGAAAUGGCAAUCCUCAAAUUUUGAAGGGACCAAAAAAAAAUUUUCUGUGUGUUGUUGCUCUACCGUAGAGGAAAGAAGGAUUCCUGUCCACUUACAACCAGAGAAAUACUGCUCUGUUGGAGACUUACUCUUAAAAUGUAUUUAUCAAACAAAACACUUUGGGGUAUUAAAAGCAAAAGAAGUGUGACUUCAUGAGUAGAUACUCUGUCAAUGUGGUUACUGUCGGUGAAAAUGAUAAGAAAUUAAAGGUUUCACACUAAACAUCAUUGGUCGAUGCAUCUAUUUCUACAGUACAACGAACUACAGUACAAUACAAAAGCAGAAAAAAGUCGAGUA